AUGCCACCCAAAAGAAGAUCCGCAGGCCCCCGCGCCGUCCCAACCCGAACAUCAUCCCAAUCGCAAGCCACCCUCUCCUUCAAUGGCAAACAAAACCGAGUCACAAAACCCGGCGUAGCACCCCAGGGCAAGACCAACAAGAAGGACCCAGCAAUCGUAGAGGAUGUCCCACAGGCCGAAAUCAAGCCCGACGUAGAACCAGAACCGGAUCUCGAUGAACCAACAACAGCCGAGACAGCAACCGCACAACACCCCAAUGAGGAAGCUGAAGCACCCACAGAUCCCUUACAAAACGGCGCAUCGAAGACAGAAGAUAUCCUAGGCGGUCGUGCACCACAGAGUGAAGCAGGCGCAACAGGAGGUAAAGGGUCAGGCUGGCUAGCAGACGAAGAAACCCUCGCGCGGAAAACCACCGACACGCAAAUAAAACGAUACUGGCGGGCGAAGGAGGCCGAGCGGUUAGCGCCGAGGGUACAUCAGGAGGAUCUGACGGUAUAUGCGAAGGUGUUGCGGGAGUGGGAUAUGAGUGGGCAGUUUGGGCCAUGUAUAGGUAUCGCCCGCCUAAAACGCUGGAAGCGCGCGAAUCUCCUAGGCUUGAACCCACCGAUUGAGGUUCUAGCUGUGAUACUCAAGGAAAUGGAAGCUGGGAAUGUCAAGGCGCAGCGGGCAUAUGUUGAUGAAUUGAUGAAUUCGCGGUUCGUGGAGACAUGA